CCAGGAUGGUGGCUAGGCCCUGUCCUCCCCAUCCCCGCCCUGAGGCUCUGUCCCGCUCCCCGCAGCAUUGUGCACCUGUGCCUGCGCAAGGCCGACCAGAAGCUGGUGAUCCUGAAGCAGAUCCCGGUGGAGCAGAUGAGCAAGGACGAGCGGCUGGCGGCCCAGAACGAGUGCCAGGUCUUGAAGCUGCUCAGUCACCCCAAUGUUAUUGAGUACUACGAGAACUUCCUGGAGGACAAGGCCCUCAUGAUCGCCAUGGAGUACGCCCCAGGGGGCACGCUAGCGGAGUUUAUUCACAAGCGCUGUAACUCCUUGCUGGAUGAGGAUACCAUCCUGCAUUUCUUCGUGCAGAUCCUCCUGGCUCUCCACCACGUGCACACCAAGCAGAUCCUGCACCGCGACCUGAAGACUCAGAAUAUCCUCUUGGACAAACAUCGCAUGAUUGUCAAGAUCGGAGACUUCGGCAUCUCCAAAAUCUUGAGCAGCAAGAGUAAAGCCUACACGGUUGUGGGAACGCCGUGCUACAUCUCCCCAGAGCUCUGCGAAGGGAAGCCUUACAACCAGAAGAGUGAUAUCUGGGCUUUGGGCUGCGUGCUGUACGAACUUGCCAGCCUCAAGAGGGCUUUCGAAGCUGCGAAUCUUCCUGCCUUAGUACUGAAAAUCAUGAGCGGGACGUUUGCUCCGAUAUCAGAUAGAUACAGCCCCGACCUCCGCCAGCUCAUCCUUAGCAUGCUGAACCUGGAUCCUUCCAAGCGGCCCCAGCUGAAUGAGAUCAUGGCCCAGGCCAUCUGCAUUCGCCCUCUUCUCAACCUCUACACUGACGUGGGCAGCGUCAAAAUGAGAAGGCCUGAAAAACCCUUGGCUCCGGUGCCGACAGUGACCCACAGCCGAACGGGAGGACGAGUGAGCAGUGCCAGGCCGAGGGGUGUUCGAGGGGGUUCAGCCAGGACAGGAACCCCUCCGCCGCUGUCGUCCAUCUACACCUGGGGCAGCGGGAUCACCACCCCCCUCCGCCUGCCCAUGCUGAACACCGAAGUGGUGCAGGUGUCUGCUGGCAGGACGCAGAAGGCCGGAGUCACCAAGUCGGGGCGGCUCAUCAUGUGGGAGGCUCCCCCGAUGGGUGCUGCGGGAGGCCCUUCUCUCCCAGGAGCUACCGAGCAGCUCCAGCCUCAGUUUGUGUCCCGCUUUCUGGAAGGCCAGUCCGGGGUGACCAUCAAACACGUGUCUUGUGGUGAUCUCUUCACAGCCUGCCUCACAG